CCCGCCGCCGCCGCGCCCCGCGAUGGAGCGGCCGCCGCUGCGCACCCUGCUGCUGGGCGCCGCCGGGCUGCUGCUCCUGCUGCUGCCCCUCUCCUCUUCCUCCUCUUCCGACGCCUGCGGCCCCUGCGCGCCGGCCGCCUGCCCGCCCCUGCCCCCGCGGGGCUGCCCGCUGGGCGAGACGCGCGACGCGUGCGGCUGCUGCCCGGUGUGCGCCCGCGGCGAGGGCGAGCCCUGCGGAGGCGGCGGCGCCGGCAGGGGGCACUGCGCGCCGGGCAUGGAGUGCGUGAAGAGCCGCAAGAGGCGGAAGGGCAAGGCCGGGGCGGCGGCCGGCGGCCCCGCGGGCAGCGGCGUGUGCGUGUGCAAGAGCCGCUACCCGGUGUGCGGCAGCGACGGCGCCACCUACCCCAGCGGCUGCCAGCUGCGCGCCGCCAGCCUGCGCGCCCAGAGCCGCGGGGAGAAGGCCGUCACCCAGGUCAGCAAGGGCACCUGCGAGCAAGGUCCCUCCAUAGUGACGCCCCCCAAGGACAUCUGGAAUGUCACUGGUGCCCAGGUGUACUUGAGCUGUGAGGUCAUCGGAAUCCCAACCCCUGUCCUCAUCUGGAACAAGGUAAGAAGGGGUCACUAUGGAAUUCAAAGGACAGAACUCUUGCCUGGUGACCGGGACAAUCUGGCCAUUCAGACCCGGGGUGGCCCAGAAAAACAUGAAGUAACUGGAUGGGUGCUGGUAUCUCCUCUAAGUAAGGAAGAUGCAGGAGAAUACGAGUGCCACGCGUCCAAUUCCCAAGGGCAGGCUUCAGCAUCAGCAAGAAUUACAGUGGUUGAUGCUCUACAUGAAAUACCAGAGAAAAAAGGUGAAGAUGCUGAGCUAUAAACGUGCAGAACGUAUCAGGCUGCACAGCUGCCAGUAGUCCUGGAUCACUACAGCCCCUGUUCUUGCCUAAUAAGUUUCUUUAACUCCAACUACUAACACUUUAUUACUCACUGGUUUUACACAGAGAAACACAAAAUAAAAAAUCACAUGAAGACU